CCAGGCGUUGGAGUAUUGCGUCGCCUCUUAGUGUGUUGCCUUACCUCACCUCCGCCUCUUUACGUUACCCGGGGCCCCUUUGUUGUGUUGCUCAAGUGUUUCCUUUGUGUUGCAGGCGCCGGGAGCAGCGUGGGCCAGCGAGCGGCAGCGGAGUCUGAUUUUACUCCAGGCGUACCUGGGUCAUGGGUGCCGGCAGGGGGGAGCGGGGGCGGCUUCAUGUGGGCGGCGCGGGGGCGGGGCGUGGUGCUCCCCUGCCUGCCGCCCCGCCCCGCCCCCCCGUCCCAGGAAGCUCUCGGCGUGACCUGGCACAGAAACAACGUCUCUGUGAUGAACCGGCGCCACCAGCUCACCUCAUUGGGUCACCUCAACAUUACCAAGGUGAUCCACAAGCGUACUGGUAUUACUGACGAGGGGGAGUACCGCUGCCUGGUCACCACUUCCUCCGGCGUCAUCACCAGUGCUCCCAUUACUCUCCGUGUCGCCAGUCUCACCAAGUAUUUUGUGGUGAGCCCCUCCAAUGUGACGGUGCUGGCGGGUGAGGCUCUGCGACUCUCGUGCCAAAUUGACUCCCAGCCCCCCGCCUCACUCCUGUGGACCCAAGAUCAACAACCUCUACCUCAACACGACAGGUACACAACCCCCUUCUCAGGAGUCCUGCACAUCGUGGGAGUGCAGGCCACCGACGCAGGCAUAUACAGGUGCCAAGCGACCAACAAUGUCCUCGGCAAGGAGCGUCGGAGCAGCGGCGUGACUGUCACCGUGCUGGAGGGAGGGGAGGAGGAUGCUUACCGGCGCCCCUCCAUCCUCUCCCCCAAGAAACACCUCCGUGUCAAGGAGGGCGAGGAGGCUGUCCUGGAGUGUCUGGCCACGGGGCUGCCUCUCCCCACCAUCUCUUGGCAUCGAAAAUUGAACACGAGUGAGGUUGAGGGCUGGGAAGACCUGACGGAGGAGAGCAAGGGCGUCUCGCUGGGCCGCUACGGUCUGCUCACCAUCCACAGCGUCCAGAAGACCAGUGCCGGACGUUACAUCUGCAUCGCCAAGUCCAUCAACCCCACAACCAAGACCGAGGCCACCAUAUCUCAGGAAAUAGUGCUAGACGUCUUGAGUCCCCCGAAAAUCCUCACCCCACCCGAGUCUCUGAACACUAUCUUGGCCAAAACCGCCCGGCUGGACUGCAUCGUCUCCGGCCACCCCCCGCCCCAGGUCACAUGGUACAAAGAUGGCCUGCCCGUCAUCAUUGAGGGGCGCAUCGGCCAGACAAAAACCAACCAGCUCGUCUUCAGGAACUCCAUAACUUCCGACACAGGGCUGUACCAAUGCCUCGCCCACAACGACGCCGGAUAUGCCUCCAGUUGGGCCCCGAUAGUCAUCAACUCGUCCUACAACCACCCAGACCCACCCCAGGACCUUCGCUCUCUGGUGCUCUCCUCCACCUCGGUCCUGCUCACCUGGAAGCCCGUCAUGUCCACCGCGGAGAAGAUCAAAGCCUACUCCAUUCACUUCUACGAAUAUGACACGAAUGGGCUGGAGCAUCAGGCUGUCUCCCAGAACACUUCCCACCUGCUGGAGAACCUGAAGCCCAACACCAAGUACGCAGCCUAUGUCCGGGCGUAUAGCAACUUUGCCUCGGACCAGUCGGAGCGUCUCAUCUUCAGCACGCCCGAGGAUGUUCCGACAGGAGCCCCGAGUGUGCAGGUGACGCCGACCUCCCCCACGGUCUUGCUGGUCACCUGGAAGAAGCUGCCGCCCGAGCAGGCUCAGGGUACCAUCGUGGGCUACAAGAUCCACUGGAGGAAGCCCAACCACCACUACUACCAUGUCAAUGAGGUUUCGGCAGAUCUCCACCAGUUUGAGAUCACUGACCUCCACCCGGGCAAGAAGUAUGAGGUGCAGGUCCUGGCGGGCACCAAGGCCGGGUACCCCACCAAGAACAACUGGUCGUGGACGCGCCUCCGCAUGCCCACCCGCACCCCACGGAACGUCCCGAUGCCGCCUGUGGUCACGCUUCGGGUCCUCAACGACACAACUGAGCCCGAAGCUAAUAAGCUGGCCAUCAAGAUUGACUGGAAGCUCCCUGCAGAAAGCAAGGCAGAGGUGGAAGGUUACAUACUAAAGUUCCGGCGUCAGGACAGGCAGUGGAAGGGCCCCAUCGACCUCCAGCCCAACCAGAGCUCCUAUACGAUCACCAACCUGGAGGCUGACUGGUACGAGGUGCAGGUGAGGGCGUACAGUGCCGAUGGGAACGGUGGGGCAACGGAGCAGAUGAUUCACACCCUCCCCACCAGCCCCAACACCACCAUGCCCCCCACCGCCUCCUGGAACAUAUAUCAGCUGGAGGCCGACCCACGCUCCCAAACCAGCAUCCAUCUGUCUUGGCAAGUGGAGGGGCAGGAGAGCGCGUCCUACUACACUGUCAAGUAUCGGCAGGUCACGCUGUCCUCGGUGGCUUCUGAGGAGACUCUCGUGUGCAGUGAGACUCCCGAGACAGUCAUCAGUGGACUCAAGCCGUUUAGCACGUACGAGUUCAGCGUUCGCGCCCACGAGUCUGAGAAGGUGUUUGGCCAGUACAGCCCCCCGGUGCAGGCGAUGACGAUGGGAAGCUUACCUUCGGCCCCAGAGGACUUCCGGUACGAGCCAACAGAUGCCUCAACCAUCCGCCUCAAGUGGGGUACGCCUGACGGCCCACAGGACGGCAUCAAGAAGUACGAGAUCCUCUUCACUCUGGACAAGACGAAGCCGUUGUCCAAGUGGGAGGUGCAGGAGGUGGACGGAGAGGCAGAUGUUGGCAUGGUUGGGGGUCUUGUCUCAAACACGAAGUAUUGGUUCAGGAUCCGCAGCUGUACGGUGACGGGAUGUGGCGCCACAACAGAGCCGCUGGCCGCCACCAUCCCUGCCAUCCUGCCCACACCCCCAGACAUCUCCCCAGAAAUAUUAUACCUGAUCUGUGGCUCAGUGGCGUUUGUGUUUGUGCUCCUCAUCGUCCUCAUCACCGUGUACAUCAUCAAGUACCGCAGCGUGGCCUCCCAGCCCCGCAUCCUCACCUGCAACGGCAACGGCCACAUCAAUGGCAAGCGGACCGCCAUUGGGGCCGGCAAGGAGCGGCUGGGCGGCCACAUGGAUAGUGAGGGCCAGGAGAUGGAUGUGUAUGUGCCCAUGCUGACGCAGAUCCCGCCAGACUUCAAGUCUCCACCCCUGGACACCAAGGGUGGCUACCCAGACACUUGGCUCAAUGGACUCAACAACCCUCGCUGCAAUGGAUUUGUGAAGCCCCAGGAGAACGCCCCGAGGCCCUCGGCCCCCAGUGCCCAAGUCCAGGGUGGAUCAGAGGAGGAGAAUGAACAUCUCGUUUAUGGUGCUGGAAGCAGUAACGGGGCCACAGCUCGAAGUGCCAUGCCCAGCGACCAGCUCCACGUAGCACCCCCGGAGCCGGUCAGUAAGCAGUGCCCCGAAAGCCCCUCCCCCCCUCCCUCCCCUGUCCACCUCAACCACAGCACUGCCUCGCAAGAUGGUCUCAAUAAUGUCACCAACCUAACAACCCUCAGUGUGGUGGAGGGCGAGGGGGAGGCGGCACAGGACAGGACGGGGACAGACACCACCAGUCAGCAGGCCACUGUUACUGCUACCGCUGCUGCUGCUGCUGCUGUCACCGCCUCCACCCCGUACCGCCACCACCACCACCCCGGCGCUGGGGCAACGAGGGCGGCCUCCCCAAGACCAUCACUGACAAUGGCACAGUAACCAGUGCGGCGCCUGGCCACCGCCAGGCUCUCUUCCCUCGCAGGCCCCUGUCACCGAGAGUCUCCUCUGGUCUGAUGCGGGUAUUGAUACGUAUACAAGGCCUGGCCCAGCCACUGCGGUGAUACAUGCGGCAGCUGUGCCCAUCCAGCCCACAGUGGACUUGAUGCGUGUGCCUUGACCCAAGUGUACAAAUGUUGUCAGCGUGGGUACUCGUGACCACCGAGCAAAUGAGCGGGGCUGGGUCAGGCACCCAUUGUAGCCACUAACAGCUAGUUGUUGUUUGGUGUUUACGUUGUAGCAUUGUGGAUAUGACUCUCGGUCACACAAUUCAGGCUCAGCGUCCCCCCCUGACUCAGCACGUCAUGAUACAGUUCACUUGCCGAGGCUUAUUGAAAGGAGUACAAAAUGCUAACUUUUUUCCAGUCAUUUUUAUGUGUAAACUGUGACUAGAGAGCUGUGUCCAGGUGCUCCCUCAUUUCUCUGACAACAAGGUAUCAGGGAUUAUCCUGGCAAAUAACAGUAUGCCUGCCCCCACCCCCACCCCACACCACCACCAUGGCCCCCAAAGCAACUUCUCGCGUCUUCACAACCUCAUUGAGUCGCCAUAUUUGUAUCAGGGAUGGUAAUCUCUUGUCAUAAUUUUUUAUAUGAGACUGUAAUACAUCUUUUAUUUAGGUGUGUUUCAUUUGUCUGCUGGUUCUUACAUAACAAAGUAGUACAAGAGUAAUGGGUUAUUAACACUUUUAUGUAUGAGGAAUCAACUUUUAGGCAGCAGUUGUAUUAUGUAACAUUUCUGUGUUUUUACUGUUGAAGCAUUACAGUCUGAAGUCAGGGAGAUUCAUACCAAGAGCAACCAGUGCAGGAGAUAUUUUCCUGCACUCAAUGAUCACAUGCAGCGCUUAGAAUAUUGCAGAAGCUACCUGAACCAUUUACAGUUUUUAGCUCCUUAUUGGGUGGGUGGAGGAUCAUGUUAGAGGAGCAGCAGCAUCAUUGGGAGGUCGGGAGCUGUUACUCUCUCCGACGGUGCACGAAAUGAUGUCGCUCUCCAGUCAGAGUGUUGGGACUGUAGCACUUCAUAAAACGUGUUGGUCCAGAAGUACUGCAGCUUGUUUACUUGUAAGAAUCAUUGCAGCUUUCAGUGCAUUUUCUCAGCGAAUGUUUCGGGGCAACUUGGACUGAUUGACAUAGUUCAUUCUUAUAUAUUUAUUAUACCUUCAUCUCAUACAUGUUUUCCAUCUAUGUUAAGAGUAACAUCAUCAUGGCAGGCAUUUUACCAGCAAAAAUGUAUAUACGGUAAAAUUGUCGUGUUUGCUGUGUAGGUCAAGCACAGAGGCGAGCGGAAACACUCUUGGCGCGUCACGUGAUCCUUCACCCACAACUCACUUUGCAUUCCAUACAGACUUCUGACAAGUGGUGCUGUGCCACUGAACUGAAUUACCAUCAGUCAGUCCCCCAAGGCUCCCUGGCAGGCAGCACUGGGUCAGCUCAGUGCCCUGCACACCCAUAUGCAGUGGCCCCAAGUGGCAGUCAAGUGCUGUGGCCUCACAAGGUGCCAAGCAACUAAAGUUGACUCCUGCCAGCACUGCCUUAGAGCUCGGGCUGAGUGACAGUAAUUUUGGGCAGUGCAAACGUCCUCCUCUCAGAGCUCGGGCUUGCCUCUACCCCAGUUCCCAGCAGCACUGGCAGCACCAGCCACUGUGUGAGCCCUGACCUCCACCAGUGUGGCAUCACAGUUGUGGAUUGCUUAACCAAAUGAUAAAAAAAAAUACUCAAACUGUUGUCAGAUGAAACUCGUUAUUGCUACAAAACAUAACAGUUGAAUCUACUAGUGCUGUUUGCUGGUGACAGCCCUUAAAUACUACAUGUUAGGCAGCCACUUGUGCUAAUUUGCCUUAUGAUGAAAUUGUUCAAACCUUCAGGGCAAAAGAUGUGUGUUUGCAAGGGAAGGUAUUUGGCACCACUGGUGUGUGAUGGAGCCUUCUCGUAGCAUCACGGUGGGGGUUCAGCCUGGCCGCUCUCCUGUGUGUGUGAUGGAGCUGACUGUCUGAGGCGGGAGUUUCAUACAUAAGACUUAUUUUAAUAUUUAGUACAAAUCAUAUUCCAUUUACUAACUAUAUACACUGGUUAACUUAAUCCCUGGUAGGACUACUGAAACAAUCUCAGUGCUUUUCUCAAUCUGCAGUUGUACAGAUUGUCAUAAGUCACCCUGCAACACUCUGUGCAGUCAGACCACUGCUCUCGGCUCACCUUAGACCCCCUCAUGGCUUUGUAUCAAAGCCCGGAACUGAGAAUGGGAUGCGGUUGAAUGAGUGGCUUUGAUGAGCAGAAGAUUGGGUGUGCAGAGUGAUGUGAACCCCCUUCCUCCCAAGCAAGAAACUUAGCUCAGGCUUUUACCUCAGUUACUGUGUGGAGCUCCAGGAAAUGACAGUGUGAGGAGAUACCCUAUAUACGUAUUUGUUGCCCACGGAUGGAUAUUGUCUCUAUUAUUAUGAACCUUUAUGUUUAUAUCUUGCUGCUAAGUUAGUUUUGUUAGCAGAAAGGGUGCCAACCAUUAGUGGCUCAGGUGAGGGACUCUGCCCCCCCCCCUCCCCCCCAGCCCACCACCAUCACCACCGCCACCACUACCACCACCACCACCACCACCACCACCACAACCACCACCACCAUGCAGGGGGCCCACAAUCGCUCAGUACACAACUAUGCUAAAGAUAGAAAAUUAUUUAAAAAGAGAUUUAUUUCAAAUGUAUGUAUAUAUACCUCACUUUUAUCAAAAUGUCUGAUGUAUAUACAAUCCCCAUCCCUCCUCCUCCCCACCUCUUGAGUUUUAUCAUUAUUUUUUGUUGACAAAUUUAUGUAUAUAAUUUUUUCAUGACUUGCAUUCAGUCAGUGGAGGGCCGGGGUGGUGCUGGAGGGGCAGCGGAGCAUCAGUCCAGCUUCGUGCACAUAAUUUCUACCUCAUAAAGGGCACAGGUCAGGUGGGGCAAGGGACCUGUUGUUUCAUUCUCCAAAACCUUUUUUUUUUAUGGUUUUCACAUUUGGGUUUGUUUUCCUAAUAUUUUUUUCCACCCCUUUCCCCCACACAUUUUUACAACAACCCCAUAUUUUUUUUUGUUUUUUGUUUUUUUUCCUAUAUGAAAAUUUUUACAUAUACUAUAUAUAUAUUUUAGACAAGAGUCCGGGUUGGCAGGGGCUGUGGUUCUGUUUCUCAGGGAGCUCAUUGUACAAACACUACACUCCACAGCGCCUGCCUGCCAGACAUCCCACCCAACCAACCCCCAAACACUCAACCAUCACCACCACCACCAAAACUGCCACCUUGGCCACACCUUCCACCUCUUCUAACUUCACCUUUUCUUCUUUCUGUACCACUUAUGUAUUUGUCUUUUUCUUCCCUAAUGUCAUAAUGUUGUUGCUUUCCUCCUCUCUCUCCCUUCUCUCUGUUCCAUCUCCUUCCCACCUUCCUUCCAUCCUUCCUUCAGCAUUCCUGUCAGUGUUUGCUGUUACUCUGUUUGUAGUUCCUGUACUACCUCCAGACGGCCUCGCUCAUCCCACCCAAGCCACCUAGGGAGACAGGUGAUUCUCUCUCAUUCUCUUUCUUUCUCUUACUCUUUACUUCUGUUUCUCUAUUUCUCUUUCUCUACUCUUUCUUGCUCUCUCACUCACACUCUUGCUCCUGUUCUUAAUUUCUCUCUCAUCAUAGUCUCACCUCUCCUUCCCUCUCUCAUGUCAUCAUAAUGCAUCCCCCUACCCCCAGUAUACACAUAAAAGAAAUUAUUUUACAGAUAAAUGAUAGAUAUGAAUUUUGUUAUAGACACUCCAUGUAUGAGUGAAUGUUUGAAUUUUUUCGACUGAUUUGUUUUCCUAAUUUUAUCAUACUACCUCGUUCCUUUUUUUGUAUAAUGAGUGAAAACUUUUUGCAUCGCAUCUCCCGUGCUGCAUAUGUAUGAUAGCUCAAGGGUCUAAGAAAGAAAGGAAAGAGAUUGAAUGCUCCUAUGCCAACUCCCUCAUCCUCUGCCAAGAGCACAUUAACUCAGCUACUUCAUGAUAACCAGUCAUUAUUUUGUCAGUAGGAUUUUUAUCAUGUACACCAUGUUGUUUUCUUUCUUAUUAUGGAUGAUUGCAUUAUGAACUGGUAGGCUGGGGAGGCUGUCUCCCCUCCUUGCCUCCCCAAGGUGUUCCCCCUGCUCCCCUGUGACUGUCAUGCCAUCGGUUGCUCUCCCUUCCAGUGCAGUAGUUGUCUUGAUCACAGGGGCAGCCUCCCCUGCCUUACAUAGGGUAAUGUAACUGAAUUUGGGAUUGUCAAUAAGACUCAUAUUCUAUUACAACAUAGGAUGUAAGCCUUCUUAAGAAUUCAGAAUGUUUGUGGAUUACUCCAGCCAGUUGGGGUUGGAUCCCUUAUCCUAAAAAUGCCCCCUUCAUUUAUUGUAGUUUUUAAGAUAUCGUACAAGUUAACAUGUACACAGGGUUGGAAUACAUUUUGUACAAUAAUUUAAUGUAUUGAGAAACGUCUUGUGCUCAUUUCUAUUUGUAAAUAUUGUAGUGACACUACUUAACAUGUACAAGGUAGUGGAAGUUAUCGGCUUAGGUAGAAGUGAGCUGAACCAUAGGCCUGUUACUUGCAUAUAUAUAUUUUUUUUGGUUGAUUACUACAGUACAGCUAAAAGCACAAGAUAAAGUAUAGUUUGCAGUACCAUCUUGUCAACAGGAAAAGAAGUUUAAAAAGUAACGAGAAAGAAAAGAAGACAAAGAAAAUAAAGUGCCCAUGCUCAUCUGUCACAGGGAUCCAUGAGGCAUGACUUCAAUAUGGUUCAUUUUCCUCUCCUUUCCCCUUCCUACCCGUACAAGAAUAUGUCCUCCCCUCCCCUUAUACACCUUUACAGAAAGUUACCCCUACACCCACCAUCCCACCCCAUAGCCCUCCCCACCCACCUCUCCCUUACUUCCCCCAAAACAUGAAAGAAAAUGCCUUCCCUCCCAUCUACUUAUCCACCCUUCCCUAUAAAUAAGUUCCCCCUACACCCAUCACCCACCCCAUAGCCCUUCCCCCACCAACCCAACCCACCUCUCCUUUCCCUUUCCUCCCUGUACAACAAAAUGCCCUUCCCUCCACAUAUCCAACCCCCUCCAUAUAAAAGAGUUACCCCUAUACCCACAAACCUAUCACCCACUCUGUAAUCCUCCCCACCCCACGAAAAUAAAAAAUGCCCUUCCUUUACUCCCCCACCCCCUCAAAAAUAAAAAAGAAGAAAAAAAAUACCCACCCACCUCUCGUCCCUACAGUCACAACCCCAGUCUUGAAAAUGGAACAUGUUGAAAUCGAUGACCUCAAUAUUUGCCAGGACAACAAAUCCAGUCGGGGGCACUGGGAAUUGUGCGCCUAGAGAAGUGCCGAGCCUCAGCGACCCCCCCCUGGAGCCCCCCACCCCCCAUUACUCCCCCAAUGGCAGAACUUUUUUUAAUACUACAUAGGAGGCAAGCACAAUACAGAGCUUGUCAUCAGUCCUCUCCCCUUCCCCCAGGGCAUACAUCAUAGCUUUUGAAAGGGAUGCUCUCUCUCUCUAUCUCUCUGUUUCUCUUUUUCUUUCUAUCUAUCCAUCUAUCUAACUUUCUUCUAUCUUGGUUUCUGGUUUCUAUUCUACUCUGUCCUGUAUUUUCACUAUUUCUCCUCCCUUUUUGUUUCCUUUCCUUUCCUCUCCCUCUUUCUUCCUUUUCUCUCUCUCUCUCUCUCUCUCUCUCUCUCUCUCUCUCUCUCUCUCUCUCUCUCUCUCUCUCUCUCUCUCUCUCUCUCUCUCUCUCUCUCUCUCUCUCUCUCUCUCUCUCUCUCUCUCUCUCUCUCUCUCUCUCUCUCUCUCUCUCUCUCUCUCUCUCUCUCUCUCUCUCUCUCUCUCUCAAAACAGCAAUUUGAUUAUCACAAUGUACAAAUCUAUUUGGAGGUGCUACAGAUAAGUGCUCAUUAGGUAGGCCCAUUUCAGGUAGCCUAGUCUUUCCUCCACCUGCUUCACCUUUUAUUAGUUGUCUGACCACCACCAGCACCAUCGCCACUCAUUCCCCACAUCAUCAUCCCUCCCUUAUCCCCAUCAGAUCAUACCACUCCCCUUCCCCUUGUCCCUCCCAUUCCAUCAUGAUUCAUUCCUAGUGAGCAGAAACACCAUAUUCUAACCAUUGCCUCUGUCCCUAUGCGGAAGUGGGUUAUCCAGUCUAGAUUUCAGGGUCACGAGUGGUAAUUUGACUCAGUUACCUGAAGAAGUAAAGGGAGUUGAACUGGUACUGACACACCACCACUUUUAUGACAGUUCUAUAAGUUCUUGUCACAUGGGGUUCCUUAUUUAACUGGUGCAUUGAUCCUCAUUUUAUCGUGUCCAUAGAACCCAAUGUUGUGGGAUUCCAUACUCGAUCCAGUGGCAGGGUGGCACGGAGGAAAGGCGUAUAGGGUGCUACUUCACAUGUGUUUCAAGUGCUGACUAACCUCCUCCUGGUGGCGACGAAACCUCCCAGGAAUACAUAAAGCCAUGAAGAGCCUUUUUGUUCCUCCCUGACACCCUGCCACUGGGUCUCUGCCUGACUCAAGUGGUGUUCAGCUCACUAGCACUCUCAUCCUCAUCCCCAUCCUCAUCCCUCCAUUGCCAAGCCACAUCAGAUGCAAUACAGUGUCAUACCGUUCUCAGCUACCUCUCUGUACAGCAAGGUCAGGAGGCUCACUCACUCAUGCACUCAUUAACGGAUUCACGCAUUGUCAUUCAUUCAGUCACUCAAGUCACUCAUUCAGCACCCGUCAUACCCUCUGCCUACCUCCUCCUCCUCCUCCUCCUCCUCCUCCUCCUCCAGCAGCCCCCCACACCCCCAUCGUGUCAUGUGUCAAGUAAUCGAUCAGCCCUUCCUCUCACCUCCCUUCCCCUGCCCUCCUCCCUUUUAUCCCCUGACACACAGCAUUGCCACAGCCAGAUCUAUUUUAAGUUACCACAGCCCUCAUUACGAUGCAAGUAAGAGCCACACCUUCCGAGGUUUGCCAGCAUCGGGUACAAAAAGACUGAUACGUACGAAACAAAGUACUACUACUACUCCUACAACAACUACUACUACUACUACUACUACUACUACUGCACAGUUCCAAUGAUCAAAUUCUUGCAAUAACCAAUAACGUCAUCCUUUGGCCAUCUUUUUGACUGCUGAAUCGUAAAGGGAAAUGAUGAGUAAUGGAAAUGUAGGUUAAAAAUACUGGCAUGAAAUGAGCACACUGCAGAAAGAAAUGAGCUGUUGUAAUAUUUAUGUGGUAUAGUUGCUUGUAUAUGUAAGAACUGCCUGUGGUGUGAGAAUCUGAUCACUUUUUUUUUUUUUUUUUUUUUUUUUUUUUUUUUUUGACCGGCCGCUGCAAGAUGCCAACCAGCGGCAAGCGGCAGAACACAUAACGCAAAGAUUAUAAAAGUUUGGAUGCUAGAAGAAGCAGCUUUUCAUGCAUUUUUAUUUGUAAUUUUUAUAUUUGUUUUACUCCCCAAGUACUUUGUGGGGCAAUGACAUUACAUAAUUGUUCACUUCACCCAAUUCAAGGUGUGUAAAAGAUUGAAAUCUAAGUGUACCAGUGAAGCUUAAGAUUCAAACACCAAAGGUAAAUAUUUUAAGAGAUCUGAUGUUGUGUGUCUGGUGCUUCCAAUUUGUGACAAGAUCAACAUUGUGUCUGUAAGGAUUUUUUUUCAUUUGUGUUUGAGUAUUUUUUGUCCUAAAAUAUUGUCAGUGCUGAAAAUUUUGAUUAGAUUGCAAAUCUUUGGAGUGGAAAUGUGUGAUCUUGUGAUAAAGUAGUGUCAGUCGGAACUCAUGUAUAAAUUAUACGUAUACCGCAUAGCUCAGGUUUAGUGUUGUGGUGUUCAUCAGCAUUUUUUUUUUUUUUUUUUUUUUUGUUUUGCACCAACAAUCACCGCCACGGACGCCGUGCGAGGCCGGCCUUGGGUCCUCGCUGGCUGGUCAGCUGCUCGAUUAGCCUGACCUCAGUGAGCGGGUAGUGACGAGAGGUGGCGGCAGCAGCAGGCCAGUGCACUAGUCACCAUCCGUGUGGAGGCCGAGUCUCUGAGCGCAAAGCUGGGCGAGAAGAGCACGUCGAGUGGCAGUGUGUGUGUGUGUGUGUGUGUGUGUGUGUGUGUGUGUGUGUGUGUGUGUGUCAACCAACCCCAUGUUAUGUUCACAAUGUUAGGGAGGGGAGGAAGGGGUCCUUUCAUCAGGCUUAUAUCUCAGUUGCUGACCCAUAGAAUGAGCCUAAUUUGACUUCCACAAAACUGUCAAAUAACCUUAGAUUAUAGCUAAUCAGUUUUCCAUAGGAAGCAGGGGACAAAUUGCAGCACAAAAUUUAAUUAUAUAACUUACCCUACCUCGUAGGUGAUGUCUUUACUUGCGACCUCAGUAAACACAAAACUUUUUGUAAUUUAUGAUUUUAUUUGCCAUCUGUGUGAAUGUUGGUAUAGAGAUGACCACGGAGCGUGUUGGCAUUAAUGAACGGACCACUGAGGCGAAUGAGCAGCAUUUAUUGGUCUGGUAUUCAGUGUAUCCCACGUGCAAGCCAGGAUGACUUAGUCUUCUGCUGAUCACAUGUAUGAUAAAACUACUGACCUUGCUGGAAAGGACAUCACUGUAUUUGAUAUUUUUUUCAUAGCUAUACAAGUCAAAUGAAUUAGUCUUUUAGUGACAAAAAAUUGGACUAUGGUAGAUCCAAGGUGGUGUUGGGCUGCGCACCGCCAACACCCCCCAGCAUCUCACUUGGUUAGACUAAUACAUAUAUCAGGUUAUUUUUGUACCAGAAAACUAUAGCCUCCUCACUCAUUCUGUUUCCAUUUUAUUCUUUAUUAGCAAGUGUUUUGAACUUGUAGAACACUUUUCAAUAGUUCCUGCGCCCCACCUGCUUGUGCGGUGAGGAGCAGACCAGCAGUACCUGUGUGUGUGUGUGUGUGUGUGUGCGCGCGCUACAUACACACACCAAAACCAGUGAAACUCCAUUCCGGUGAUACUUUAUUUGUUCCUAAUGAUGGUCGUCCCAGUAAAUGCUCAUCUUGGAAGGUGUGAGGAGGCUGAGGCAGGUGUGUGAGGAGACAGACAGACAGACAGAUAGACAGCAGAACUAGGUUACUCCCAUGUGGUGAAAACUGGUCACUUGUAUCAUAACUAAUAUUUAAGCCAUCUGGAAUCAUUCAUCUCUCACAUUCUUUGAAGAGGAGUAUAAAAAAUGUUUGCAUUGGGAUUAACUAGUUUGGUCUGUUAAAGAUAUAGGAUAUUAUACAAACAUGUCAUUGGAUUAUGAUGCAGAUCUUUGCUAAGGCUUCCAGAAAACAACUGCAAUGGUGACUUUUUAGUAUGUGGCCUCAGUAUAGUAUCGUUUCCAUCGGAACACAAAUUAUUUGUACUGUGUUAUAUAAUAAAUCAUUGCAUAGACUCUUUCAGACUGUUCCCCCAAAAGAUAAAAAUAAAAUACCAUUACAUGCAAACUAUAUAUGAUAAAUAUCCUGGAGAUGUGGCAUGGAGGCUGGCGCAGCACACGUGAGGCUGGCAGGUGGAGGACAGGUGCACAGCUUUCAGGUGUGGUCUAAUUAGUGCAUGGCAGGUAGCCAACAGCUGUACCAAGAUCAUAGUGAUUGAUAAAUGUCUUGUGUGGGGAAAUUCCUCAUGAAAAUUUAAGUUGUAAAGAGACAUGGCUGUUUUAACACUGUAAUGAACCAUGUUUGUUGUGCAAGAUUAAUAGAUGCUACAAUUUUCACUUCUUUUAACAUACAAUGAUCUAGAGAUGAAUGACAAUGGCAUAGCCACAUACAUCCAACAAAAUUUCUACCUAUACAUAUGUAUCUCCUUUUCAUUCAUAACCAUUCACACUCCCUUCAAAGCCAUGGCUGCCUUAGGAAGAGGUGCAGCCAGUGUGUGGUGGUGUGUGUCACCUGAGGACAGGCAACACACCUUCCCUUACUACUGGAGGUAAGUGAUUGUACUGUAGUGCUGCUUGUAGUGAUUAGUGGUAGAGGUAGGUGUUUGUAUUUAAUUUGUGUACAUAAUAGUCCGGUGACAUCUGUCCUUAUUAUAAUAUAAUGGAGGAAAGUGCUUAAAUUGUAAUUGAAUAACUCAACUAGUAUCUUUUCAUUAGAUUCAAAAUUUCUUCGUAAGAUAUGAAUACUGGUAGAGGUAUAAUAGUGUCAUUAGAUGCAAAUUCUUUAGAUGUGUUUAAUUGUUGGAUGCGAGAUCUAACUUCUGUUCUUAUUAGCUAACAUUAGAAACCUUUUUAAAUGAAUUAUUUAGUAACAUUAAUUUGAAUGCAUAAUUAGUUAGGUUACAUAUCAAUUCCAUACUGUAGGUAUUAACUGACCACCUUCAAUACUGUUCUUGAUGGCCAGCAUUAUAGGUGUAGAGAUUUUUUGAACUUUUAUCAUUAAGGGUCUUUCACUUAUUACUUUCAUUUUUGUGUGCAUAAGUAGUUUUGAGAAGAUAUCCUUGCCAGGAAAGAAAACGAAACCACCGUUUUGCAUCAUCUCAAGUUACUAAAUGAUUAAAUGUAUGGCUGACAGUAAUUUCCAAUUAUUCAUAUGUCUAGUGUAGCUGAAAAGGUACUAAAAUAUAUAUAGAGCUACCAUAUGGUGUGUGAGUAAAUUAAGUUCAUCUAAACCUUUUUGUUGUUGCUGGGAAAUUUUGACAAAUUAUCCAGGAGUCCUAUAAUGGGUGAAGGAUGUUUAGUGAACUCAACAGACACCGGUCAUGGUAAAAAAAAAGUUGUAAACGCCACGCCAGGCUGACCUAGUGUGAAGUGUGCUUCAAGGUUUGGAUUGCUGUGUAGAAGGACUGAUGGGGACUUAGAUUUUCAUGGUUAUAGGGUGGCAUGGCUGUAUCUAGUCUUUUUUUUUUUUUUUUUUUUUUUUUUUUUAAAUCCUAUUGGUCAUCAAUAAUGUGCUUGAUAUAUCUUUUUUUACACUUUUUUUUCAGUUUUAUUGAUUUUUCUAUAUAACUUUUUAUGACUGCAUUCCUAUCAUGCCAACUUGUGGAAAUCCAACACCUCAAACUACCUCUGUCCCAAAAAGGUAAUUAAAAAGGCAAAUUAAUUAGCCAUAUAACUUCAUAAAUACUAAUGCCAUGUCUUGAAAAAAAUGGCUACGUCUGUUGGGGGUGAAAGUUAAUAGGCAAUGGACUAACAAGGCAAGUAGUAAGUUAUCAAGUUUCAAUCUUCACAAAGGUUUUAUGUAAUUUGUUGGGAGUUAGUUGUAGGUCAGCAUCACCUCAAGUUAGUAAUAUAUGCUAAACUGUAAACCGGUCACCUCUAAAAUAACAGUAGUCUAUCUUUUUUUCUUCUUCCUACAGUAAAGGACACAGCUCAAGGUAACGUAGACAGGAAGAAAUACAUACAGACAUAGGAAGGCCAUUGAAGCUAAUGAUUAAUCUACUGCCGAUCCAAUCUCCUCUAAAGAAAUAAAGUAGCUCAGAAACGAGUGGUGUGCGACGGUAUUGUCAGGGAAAGGGUCAAACAGAGGAGUAAGAAAGAAAGAGAGAAUCAGAAAUAGAAGUUAAGAAAAGAGAAAAAGGGAAUGAGAGAUAAUUACCCGUUUCCCUAGGUUUCUUGUAAUUAAGAAUGAGCACUAUAAUGACAACCAGACUAAUGUUGAAUGAAAUAAUAUGAUGAGUUUAGGAUAGUUAAUCAGGUUUGUUUAGUGUAAUUCUCCAUUUCAACUCUAGAAGUACUUUUUUAUUUAGUUGUUUUGCGGGAAUGGUGUUUUAGUGGACAUUUUUCAUCUAUUCAUGUUUUGCUAUUGAGUAUUAGAAUUCAUGUAUGGAUGGUUACUGUAUUUGCGUGGUUGGUGCUAUCACUUAAAUUGGCUGGUUUACCAUACCGUUGUUUCUUUAUCAAAUUAGAUUGCUUCAUCUAUUCCUGUAAAUCAUUCAAUUGUUACAAACUCAAUUAAUAUAGCUGGUCUGACACGUAGGUAUAGUAUAAAGAUGUUGAUAUGCCGUUAUGCCUUUUACAAGUUGUGAGCCGAAACAUAGGAAGUCUCCUCUGCUUAAACACUACUUAAACCACUUAACAACUACUCAAACAACCAUCUGUUUUCUGAACUAUCAAGAAGGCGGGGUUCGCUUGCUCGUUCGAACAGAGGUUUGGCGAGUCGAUCUCCCGCCUGCAUCAAACGCCAAGGCUCGUUUACCAGUCAGCUUCGGGGCAGUGCGGUCACGCAUAUCCAAUCUCGUCCGAUAUGCAGAAGUAAGAAAAGACAAUUUUACUGCAAAGACCAUACAUAGAAAAUGAAGAAAAUAUCAUAGGACAAUUACUCUUCAACGAGCUAAAGAUACAAGAAUCCAAGGAAAUAGUGUAUGAGAUGUGGAGGAAAAGAGAAAGCCAACGAAAGAACAUAAUGGAAGCAGCAGCAUAAGAAGACUUGGAACAGCAUCAGGGAAGCGCCGACACAAAGGCCAGCUUCCCGACUGACCUGACCUGACCCUCCGCACCAACCUCGAGGCCAACCCUAGAGGACCUGCUGGGCAGCAACGCCCUCAGCCCCAACACUGCCUUCCAAGCCCUCAAGUGCACGCAAAAUUUCCUGCUGAAGUCGAGGCAAAUCGACAGGAUUUAACUCCCACCCUGGUAACAGAACGGCCAACACAAAAAACAACACCUGACAACAACUACCACUGACGGGGCUCUAGAGGCUGUGGCCCCAGAGCCUAACUAGCCCCAUAAAACACCCAAGAAGAAGAAGACCAGACUAACGGCAGACCUCGGACAGCUCACCCUUGGACACUACAGACACUCCCCUGCCCAGCACUGGCGCCCCUACUCCCCCCGUCGCCCCCUGGACACAGCCAUCACCCCUCUGAGGAUUGGACACACCCGCCUCAACGCCCACCUGCACAGACUGAACAUAGUCCAAGAUCCACACUGCCCAUGGUGCCCCACACAACCUGACACACCAGAACACCACCUCCUCUACUGCCCAAGAUUCCACUCCCUCCGCACCAACCUCAAGGCAUCCUUAACCAGUCUCCGUAUUCACAGGCCAACCCUAGAAAACCUGCUGGGCAGCGAUGCCCUCAGCCCCCUCACUGCCUUCCAAACCCUCAAGUGCACGCAAACCUUCCUGCAGAAGUCGGGGCAACUCGACAGGAUCUAACUCCCACUCUGGUGACAGGACGGCCAACACAAUAAACACCUGAUAACAACUACCACUGACGGGGCUCUAGAGGCUGUGGCCCCACAGCCUAACUAGCCCCAUAAAACACCCAAGAAGAAGAAGGCUUCAUCAGGCUUGCAAUGGACGGGCCGCGCCGGGCAUCCUCUAAUUUUCGUGUCCUGCCCGCACACUGGAGCUCCUUGCCAUAACCAGAACUGUGGUGAGAGAAGUCCUUCGUCAGCACACUGUCACCGCAUCUUCAGCACGCUGUCGGCAUAUCUUCAGCACAUUAUCACCACACUGCCAGCACGCCAUCACCUCAUAAACAGUCUGCCUGAGAUAGCAGCCAAGAUGCUACAAGGACUGCAGAUGAGCUUAUGGAGAAGAGCCAAACUAGUAAUGGGAGAAAAGUACAAGAAAGUAUAUGAAGUCCACCUCUGGGGAACCUUUCACUGGACCUUGUGCAACCCCAGGCCUUGAGAAAAUGUUGGAAGUCACAACCCAGUCUUUUGUCAGACCUCAUUGGGUUAUCCUGCAGAUCCAUCCUGGCCACAGAAAAUGGAAUGGAAAACUGGGUGUGACAUGAAACUGGUAUCACCUGGCAUAGUCAUCCCUGGAGCGCACAGACUUUAACCCGGUAGCAGUGACGGGCCAAAUUUGUGGCUUUACCGUGUAGCAGUGACGGGCCAAAUUUGUGCCAUGAUUUUAACCCCCCAAAAUAGAUGAUACAUAAACUGAUCACAAAUACUUUGAUAUAUAUUAUGAAAUAGUUUGUGCGAGUGAUGAUUUUUCUCCUUUUUCUCAGUUAGAGGGACCAUUAAGAAACAUGAUCCCCACUGCUACCGGGUUAAGAGACAGCAGCUGGAGGACUAUAAGGAUUGCAGAGAUGCCAACUUCUCCAGGUCCAGAAUAAGAGAUCAAGCACAGGGUGGAAGCUACGAACAGGUAUCUGACUGGUGAACAUGCUGGAAGUUUGAUGAAUGUAGGUUGACUAAAGUAGACAGAUAAGCCUAGGUAAAUUAACAUUUAUAUAGCUUGUAUAGAAAUGUACCAGGAAACUUGUAGUGUAUUCACUAUUGUGAAUUUCCAUCACAAACAGUUACCUCCCUUGCAGGCUUGGGUUUGAAUUCCAGCUUGGACAGUCGGCAUGCAGCUCAUCCAACUGUUCAGUGGCAGUUGGCUAAAGACAUCAGAUCACAUCAGGUCAGAUAUGCUGCCAAGCUGUAGGACAAGUUACAGAACCUGCAAAAUUUGAGCCAAGCAUUCAAAAUAGUGAUGCAUUGGGGUUUGAUUAAAUAAAUGAUGGCAAUAGUUUAAGGAUUCAGGGGGAGAGCAGUGCCCAUAGGAGCAACUUGUCACCCUUUCAGAUAUUGUAGCACUUGCCAAGAGGUUCCCAGUCUGAGGAGGGGAAAAGAAACUAGGCUAUAUUUCAAUAUUCCUAUCUCUUUCCUCUUCCACAAACUGCCAUACUACUUUUUCCUCAUCUCAUUUAUUUUUUUCCUCGUUUGUCAUUAAUGCACCACUAACAGGCAACUUACAGCUGUAAUGUCUUAACGUGCUCUUACUCACCAAUGAAAAAGUAGUCAUUCAAAUUGCAGAUCCACAAAACACAUGAGUCAUAAUACCCUUUAGUCCAUUUCUGCCUGACAUGGAUGCGUAGUGUGUAAAUUUUGCAGUUGGUUGUCAAUCAACAUCCCAAUAUCUAGACACAGAAGCUGAAUAGAAGUUGUGGUAGUCCUCUCCUGUUGGCGUGCCGUCCAUGCUUCCCUUAAUCAUCUCUCUUCCUCUCAUCUACAAAGGUACAGUAAACCCUUGAUAUAACGGACCCGCUUAUAAUGGAUUUCGGAUAUAACAGACGAGGUCAGAGGGUCAAAAAUCCACAGGGACCAACUGAGAAUAGUUUUUGAACCACCCACCUCCAGUAAAUACAAUAGCUUCUGCUAGCCACCUGACCCUCCUCCCUUUAUCUGCUCCCCCAUCCUUCGGUUACUGUAGUCUUUUUCAGCCCACGUGAUGAAAUAUUUCCCAAUUCGUGGUCUCCAUUCAAAUGAAGAACGUAUUUAUACCACAAAGUCUUGUGCAUCAAUCCAGGAUGUAAAUGAAAUGGAAAAUAGCCAAGUGCUUGUGAGUGUCUGUACUGACACAAAUCAAGGGGGGCUAAACCCCCAGUUAGGUAGGUUAGGUUAAGUUUUGUUUGGUUAUUAAAUUUAUUGGUCAUGCGGUGUGGGGGGUGGAAAUACGCAGCGUGGGACAGGACACGAGGUUACGUGCGUGGUCCAAUUCGCGGGCCGGUGUUGCGAGAAAUACCUCCUUGCAGUAAUAAGUCGCUCUGCUGUCCAUCACACAUGCGCACUGGGGAAAAGCAUUACUAAUUUGCCUGGUUUUGUUCUAGUUUGUCCACUUGUGAUCUUUGUGAGUGGUGAAUAAAAUAUAGAAACUGUAAGCAAGUUGAACAUCUCUCUGCAAGUUAUUUUCCGGCUGCAGUGGGUGUAAAGCAGGCAUUGAAAAGUCAAUCAUUUAAUGAUUUGUGACACAAACGGUCAACAGAUUAUUUCAUAGCAUGGCCCCACUACCAACCUGGCAGCCGCAGUGCCUUGCUGUCUGUCGCCAAGUGUGCUGUGUGGAUAUACAAACAAUGUGCACACAAAAUACAAAAU